AGACACGUAGAAAAUCUGCAUGGAUUUUCUCUACCAUAUAUACAUGUACAAUAUACAUAGAGACAUUACACGGAUUCCCUAUCUACCACGAAUAUUUACUUCGUCAAGUUUAUUUGUUCAACUCUCGUUCUGACUUACUACGACCGAUGACCGUUCAUUGCAAAUGGAAGAACACAUUGAUUGCUAUAAUUUACAAAUGAUUUAGCAAACUCGUGAAAUUUACAAGAUAGACAUUAACAUCAUCAUCAUCAUCGUCGUCGUCGUCGUCGUCGUCGUCAUAAUCAUUAUUAUUAUCGCGGAAGAUGAGACACCAAGAUUUCUAAAAGUUCAGCGAAGAAAAUCGAAUGACAUGGCGACUAUGAGAAAAGAGAGUUACUCAUCCAGCACAUUUCCACGUAAGAACAGUAAGGAAAGUAAGGAGAUGGAGAUGGAGAAAGAGGAGAAGCAGAAGGUGGAAGAGUAGAGGUAUAACCGAGCUAUCCAAAUAAUCUCUCUAGUGAACACGAUCGACCGGUUCUUCCUCGAAACACGACGUUACCUUUACAGAGAUGAGUUCGAGGCUUUACGAGGAAUUAACGUCUUCGAAUCUCGAUGUACUAAACAUCAUAGUUCCUCUCGAAGAUAGAAGAGUUAGGAGAUCUUAAAGCUGCCAAGGAGAUCGUUUAGGAAGAGUUAAAACUAAACUUGUCUUGACACGAUCUUUACCAUACUUCUUAAUAAUCUUCAUCAACUUCCUAAGAUAUAAAAAAAAAAAAAAAGAGAAAAAAGAGAAAAAGAAGGCAAAAAAAAUGGAUCAUUAUCUAACAACCUAUCAAAAGGAUUAUACCUGGCCAUAUCCAAUGAAAGAAAAGUCUAAAUUAGCAGAUGAUAUCUUUCUUAUAGGUCCUUGCACUUGUGGCAUCGAUCCAAAAGAUCUUAAGGUACCAAAAGUGUAUGGUGAGAAAUACGAUUGGAGUCGUGUCGGUCCAAUGGGACCACUUUUGGAUCCCAAACUGUAUCCUGCUAAAACUGGUCCUAGUCCUGAAACGGAUCAGACGCGAUUUGGACAACCAGAUGUUUAUUUGAAAAAGUUAGAAGAAAAAUAUCCUGAUCUCUAUGGAGUUAUACAAGAUCAAUCGACUCAAGAAACAAUUAUGGAAGUUGAGAAGGAUAGAAUGAUGACUACAUACAUGAUGGAUUAUGGCCAGGGUAAAAGUUUGGAUGGAAGCUGUGUAAAAACCGACGAUCCACAAGUUUAUCAGCCUACUGAAAAGAUUAAAUAUGAUUGCCGUCCUAAUGUUCGACCUCCGCUACGAAAAUUUCGAAGUAUUCUGGAUCAAAAUGGCAAGAACGGAAUCUAUGGCAAUCGAAAACGAAGUAAAAAAUCGAAUGACGUGGAAGGAUCGGAAGUACGAAUACCACCAUGGAAAUCAGAGUACCAGGACACUAUCAGCAAAGUGGGACACUCUAUAAUGAAAUACAAAUUGCAUAAACCUGAAAAGCUUACUCUAACGACUAGUACAGUUUAUAAAUGAUCAUAAAAACGAUGAACAAUAAAAAUUA